GCGUCCGCGGGUUCGCGCCUCCUGCGGCGACAGACGGCGGCCCCGCGCAGGAGGCUCUCGGCCUUUCAGCGGAAUUUCCCAGAUGGGCUGAGGGGAGGCCGGGGCGGGUCACCAGGGGCCCUUUAACGAGUUCAUUAGCCAAAUUAUCUUGCGGGCAGCCCAGAGCGCGCGCGCCCCGGGCAGGAGGCAGGGGGCGGGGGGCGCAGCGGCGGGUCCUUCUGCGCCCCCACCCCUGGGUCUGUACGGAGGGGAGAUGGCCCCAUCCCGCCCGUGUCAGGAACAAGGGACCCAGACCCAGGCGUCCCGCCGCGACCUUCCAUCUCCGCGCCGCUCUGGCGUUGGACAGGCCGGAGCCAGCAGGCUCAAAGGCCAAGUGGGAAAACCUGAUUCGAAUCCCGCCACGAGGAGAGUGUACCACAACCCGCAAGCCUCAGCUUCUGCCACCUCAGCACUGCUAAAGAGACCAAUUAGCAGAGACUUCCUGCCAUUACCCGCCGGGAUUCGGACAUUACCGCGCGACUCUCUAGCCGCAAUUUGUAGUCAGGAGGCACUAAAAAGUUCACGUACCAAAGCAUUAAAACACCGCAAGCGGCGUCUUGUUAUCUGCGCGUCUCCCCCACAGCCUCCCUACCUGCAGGCCAGCGGCGACGGGCCAGGCUGGGGGGGCACCAACCCCCACCCCCCCGUGUGGGUCUCGUCUGCCCGGGGCAGAGCUGGCUGCGGAGCUCCAAGCCCCUCUCCCUCGCCUGCAGUGGGGGGAGGGUCCCCGGGCGCGUCGGAGUCUCUAGGAAGCGAGCCUUCUGCGCUACACACCUCUGCAGGGGCAGGUGCGGGGAAUGAGGCCAGAAGCCCCCAGGCCAGCGCUCACUGCCCCCGAGGGGCGGCUCAGGCAUCAGCUGACGGACUGCGGUCACCAAGGUUGCAAGAAGCCCGAAAGGCCGACUCUGCGGCGGGGCGCGCGGUCUACCUUGCAGGAGUGAACCUGCAAUUAAUUCAAAAUCCUCUAUCAAAAAUAGAAGCUACUUGGGGAAAGUUCUCCAUCUCUGUUGAAGACUGUAGUUCCCCAGCUUGA